GUACUACAAUAAUAUGGCCGACACUUGCUUCAUAAAGUAUCAGCAACGUAACAAGCGUAUUAAUCUUUAUGAACAUUUCAUACGCUCGACGUAUUCGAGAGUUAUCAUUUCGAGAUCGCGCUAUCAUAAGUACGCAGCUAUAUUCAGCUACGUAAAUUCAUGCGAAAAACGUCGCUCUAUUAGAAAGGGUUGGGAAGCUAUAAAAUUUUCAAUAAUACGGUGACAAAACUUUUAACGUACGUUCGAAUUUAUUCAAGCUAGUGGACGCCGCGUAAGGAGGGACGACGUGUGUCGUAUUUAAGCCUGACGGAACGAUGGAAUACGUGCUAAUAAAAGACAUAAGGCCUGGCCAGAAAAAUAUUAAUGUAGUGUUUAUUAUAUUGGAGGUUGGUCAUCCUACAAUCACCAAAGAAAACCGCGAAGUUCGAACGUUCAAAGUUGCUGACAGUACAGCUUGUAUGAAUGUCUCCAUUUGGGAUGAACCUGGACAACUAUUAGUUCCUGGUGACAUCGUUAGAUUAACCAAAGGAUAUGCCUCUAUCUGGAGACAAUGUUUGACAUUGUAUUCUGGAAAAAAUGGAGAUAUUCAAAAGAUAGGAGAAUUUUGUAUGGUCAUAAACGAGCAAUUAAAUAUGAGCGAGCCAAAUCCUGCUUUGGCUCAACAAUUGAUUAAUCAAAGUGGAUCAGGACCACCUGGUAAUAAUGUUAAUAGUACUAUAACGAAUAAUGGGAAUGCAAGUAUCAUUUCUGGUCAACCUGGACGUCAGCCUUUGGCUGUACAAAGUAAUGCAACAGCACCUACAACUGGUACAACUGGAAGUUCAACAACUACAAAGAGUGGAAGUAUUGGUAAUGGGGGAGGUGGAAAUAAUGGAGGUAAUAAUAGCGGAGGAUCAGGUUUACCUGGUGGAUCCGCGAGAUAUUCUAGCAAUGAAUCUUCACCAAAAACUACAGCUACCACCAAAAGUAAUUCACGAGGUCGUGGUGGCUAUAGAAAUGGUAGUCGUAUUGAUCGCAGAUAACAUAUGUGUAAGAUACAAUUAAUCAUGAUGUGUUCUUAUGAGGUACACAAAGACACAAUACCCAACACAAUUGUAAUAUAAAGUUUUUUCUAAGAUUUCUGUAUAUCUGUGUAUAUCAGUUCUUAUGAGACAAUGUGACAAUUAUAUAUAUAUACGUUAAAAUGACGUAUUUAAUUGUACGCAUUUAAAAGCAGUUAUGCCAAAAUUACAAUAACAUUAAUGCAACCUAAGUGAGAUCAAUAAUGUAUUUAAAAUUAUAAAGAUAAAAAAUCAGAAUGACGACAAUUGAAGCAUAAGUAUUUCUUCUUUAUGUAGUACUUAUUACAUUGAUUAAGCGAAAUUUGUGUUCAAAAGAGAUAUGUGUAAUUUAAUUAAUUAUUUUAUUAGAGUAAAAUUUUACCACAUCAA